GAACAGACCAAAAUUAGAUUCAGUGACGCAUGCGCACAUGAUUUUGUAGAAAUAAAUUUCCAACACCACCUACAUGUGUCAAAGAAAAUGGCUCUAAUAAUAAAAUUGUGUAGGUCGUCAACUCAGUCGUUGUUGAGGAAUAAAGGAUAUUUAUGCAAUGUAGCAAGAUAUGCAUCUGAUGAUACACCACCAUCAUGGAAUUACCUUUGGGAACCAGGCGAAUAUUCGAAAAAAGCACAUGAUAAAAUUGCUGAAAAGUAUCAUCUGCAUCCAAAGGAUUAUAAACCUUUGGCAACAAAUUGUGAUUAUCCAGAUUUACCAAUGAUAGGAGCAGCUGCUAAAGAUCCAUAUUAUCCUUAUGACUUACCAGCUAUUAAGAAGAAUUAUCAUGAAACAAUGCACCAUCAAUUUGAUAUUACAACUGAGGACCGCUUCAACUUUGGCCAGACAAAUAGAAUUGAUUCAGGUGUUGCAACGCUAAUAUGUGUUACUGUUUUUGGUACUUUUGCAGCAAUAUUCUUUGGAACAAAAGACUAUUGCACCUUUCAACCUAUGAUGGAAAAGCAAUAUCCAUAUAGAGGUAAGGCAUAUUAUACAUUUGAAUCAGCAGAAAAAAAGAUAUAACAAACUUGUGUCAAAGAGAUAUAUCUCUGUGUAUCAAGUUAUUGUAACAUAUAAAUACAUAGUAUUAGUCUACUA